GGCUGCUGGAUCCCUGCGACGGCACUGGAUCAUGCUUCACCAGUGCACCGCUGUCCUCCCUGCUCUCCUCUUCGCCCUACGACUAGUGCCUUCCUUCCCCGAGAUACAUGACAACUUCUACCGCCACGGUGUUUCCUUCAAUGCGUCUGACGCCAUCUGUAUUCCUGCAAGGGACAAGCCCGACAAGAUCGACGCGUUCUACAACGCCUGGCUGGAGGUCCUCGCGGGCGUACAGACACUCUGUUUAUUCUGCACGUCGGAGUGCGACCCGCGUCCGACCUGCCUCCGGCGUGCUGAGGCGAUGGACUUGGGGGGUUGCAUGUUCGGGACAAUGUGUGCCAUGCCGGAGGACCUCGCCUCUGCCCAGGCCUUUGAUGCUUUUACUUUACGGGAUCUGUCUGUAUGCGGGUAUUAUGCACCCACCAAUGCCGCGGUAAUCUCCUUGUAUUUGUGCUUUCCACCUGCCCCAACCACACCACCCCCGACCACGACUCCCGAGAUAUUGCCGUGCCCCUCUCUGGGACCGGGGCCCGCGGGGGGACUGGUAUUGUGGGAUGAGGGAGAGGCCCUUUAUGACAACGUCCGACACGAGGUCAUACCUGUGCUGGUCAAUAUAUCCGGGUACCGGACUAUUGCACAGCACAGGUACGCAACCUAUAUGCCAUGAUGGGGAAGGAAGUUAUAGAGAGGGCCAUAGACGCCAUGGGGGCAACCCACUACUGGACCGACAUACAUAACACACACACACAACGACACAGAUGGGACAUAGUCAACGAUGCUCUCACAGGACUCAACACGGGGACAUCCGUAGUAAACUCCCUAGACAUCUAGGACCUUAACGAAAAGGUCGAGCAACUAAAAGGGGUAGUGACGGACCUGCUACAGAGGGCUCUCACAAAUCAGGCAGACCAGGCACUCCUGGGGGAAGAGGGAGCAUACAUCCAGCUCGACGGCAUUGUAGUCCUGGAGACACACGCCCACACCAUUAACCGCCUUAUAGACCAGGAAAGAGAAAACACGGCCCAUAUCCACGAGGGGCAGCUGUGCCAUGCGUAUGGCCUGUGGAUGGUAGCCCAGAUCCAGCAUAAUCUUGACCAGGUCCAAAGCGAGGAGGUGCCCGACUGGAUCGACAGCGCCAAACUGGCCUCACUCGCGGGGCGCUCAGGGCCGCUCGACAGCCGGACUCUGAAGGGUAUGGCCAGAGUAUACCCAGUGAUGCCCGACUUUGAGGUCAGUGAGGCAACAGGAGUCGGGAUUGUCCUCCUGAUCCCCGUGGUCACCCCAGGGUCUGAGCCAUUUCCCCUGUUUCACAUUGAGAACAUCGGAGUCAUAUGGGAAAACGCUUCCCUCAAAUAUCGAUUAG